AUGUAUGAUACGUGGAUGCUUGCUUCUUUGUUGCCAAUGAAUGCUUUGGGAUAUCGGAUUCCAAAAGCCCCAACUUUGGAGCUUUCCUGGCAUUGGAGCACCUUUGCCUCUGCUGCUGCUACUGCCUUGUUUCCAUCAAGUGAAACACUAGAAGAAAAGGUAUCAGUAGAAAGGGUUGGAGCCCGUCCAAAGGACUCAAAAGAUGUUUUUUGGAGUUGGGGUUGCAGUGAUAGUGAUAUAGCAAAGAUAUUUCAACGGCGACCUUCUUUGCGGAAUGUUGAUCUUGCCAACCUUCAGUCCAAACUCAACUUGCUUUCUGGGUUGGGCCUCUCAUCUACUGACCUUGUAAAGAUCAUUAACUGUCGCCCCCGCUUCCUUGGUAGUCGCAUUAAUAAGUUCUUUGACGGGCGCCUAGAUUAUCUCCAAGAAUUGUUUGGGUCAAGGGAAGUACUUCUAAAAGCCAUUAUACGGAAUCCUUCCCUCCUCACCUAUGACUUUUAUACCAAAAUCAAACCUGUCGUUGCCACAUACGAAGACAUGGGUGUUAGUAGAAAGGAUUUGAUUGCUAUGCUUCUUUCUCGCCCCACUUUAAUUCCCAGAACCUCUAUCAAUGAUGAGAAGUUGGAGUACAUUCGCAAGACUGGGAUCUCCAGGGAUUAA